UUACAACGUCUAUCAGUAAACGUCAACAGUCCUAAAAAUAUAUUAAAUUUCAUAUGGAGGAUUUUAAAUACUUUGAUGACAAAAAUAUGAAUGGUUCUUUUGAAGAAAUUAAAUGUGGAUCUAAUUUAAAUAACCCAGAUGAUUUCAGAAUGGCAUUAAAAUUAUUCAAAAGGAAACUAUAUUCAAGCUGUCAUAAUGUGCUUUUGGAUAUAUCCAGCUUUGACGAUGACACGUUUUUAAGUCGAUUUUUGUUUGCGAAUAAUGGCAGUAUAGUUAAUGCGUAUCGGCAAUUCGUAAAAUAUUUUAAGUUUAAAGAGCAAAAUAAAAGUUGGCUAAAGAAUAUGAGUAUAUUUGACAAUAAGAUAGAGCUCUCACUUCGAGAUGGAAAUCCUAGAGUUCUUAAAAGUCGGGAUAGAAAGGGCAGAAAAAUACUUACAUUUUUGGCAGCUAAUUGGAUUCCCCAAAAAUACACUUUGCUGGAUUUAUAUCGGUCAUUUUUAUUAACAAUAGACAAACUAUUAGAUAAUGUCGAGAAUCAAGCUCUUGGUUUUGUUGUUAUUGUGGAUUGGACAGAUGUCACUAUGAAUCAAGCACGUUACUUAACACCAACAAUUAUAAAACUCAUGAUCGAAGGAUUACAGGACUGUCUUCCAGCUAAAUUCCUUGCCAUACAUUUCAUUUGCCAACCGUGGUAUAUAGGAAUGACGUCGACAAUUUUAAAAAAAUUUUUGACUGACGAGAUGCGAAACAGAAUUUUUUUUCAUGGCUCUAAUUUGAUUUCUCUUCAUAAUCAUGUAAAUAAAUCGGUUUUACCACCGGAUCUAGGAGGUGAAGGACCUACUAUAACUACUUUAGAUUGGUAUCAUUUUUUGUUAGAAUCUAGUCAAGACAUCACCAAUAACAAAUCCUACAAACUGCAAGAUAUUCUGGAAUAUUCAAAAAUACCUUAUAACGAAGCUGAGACCGAAAAUAAUAAUUUCCAAAAUAUUUAAAGUGAACAAAAUUUCAUCAUCGAAGUGAUUAAUAACAUUCUAAAAACACUAAGUUUUUAUAUACAGAAAUAAAUUUUAAUUU